AUGGAGAACUUCCUGAGGCUGCUACGGGAGCAUGGGGAUGCUCCCCCUCCCCCACCAGAGCUGGUGACCCUCGCAGGCAAGCUGUGUCGGGACUUCCAACACAACCCUGUUCAGGUGCUCCAUCUGGUUAAAGCCAUUCUGGACAGCCAGCAUCGCUGGGACCUGCUAAACAAUGUAGAUGUGGCCCUGGUGUGUACUCAGGUCCUGAUCCAUCAAGAGCAGUGGCUUUUAGCCCUCCAAAUUCUACAGGGGUGUCGGGUGCCAGGAGGCAGCCAGGAGCUGGUACGACUCUGGAAUGACAUCCACUACCACCUGACCAUGAGGAGGCUGUGUGUCUCCAAGCUGAGCCCGGGACAGAAGUUUCGCUGUAGGAAGAGGAACCCACCACCCUCUACCCUCUGCCCUGAGGGCCCUAAGAACCGGAACUUCCUCCCAGAGGUUCGGUGUCAUCUGCAAGACUUUGCCACAGGUGUGGGUGCUUAUCCCAAGAAGGCCCAGUUGGAAAAACUGGCUUCGGAGACUGGCUUGACUUCUGAGCAGGUGUACAACUGGUUUGCCAAUUAUCGUCGACGUCAGAAGGCUCUUCUCCAGCACAUGCAAAGAGCCCAGGAGACCACAUCAGAAGUCUCCAGUGCAAAAGAGAGUGGUCCUGAGCCGGUGCAGCUCUCAAGAUACCUUCACGAGUCUGUGGCUGUGUCCCAGUGGUCAGCCAGAUCUGAAGGAAGUGGGACUCUACAGCCCUCCGAGACCCCUCAAGGAUCUCAGGGGCCACAGCCCCCAGUUGUGAGCUUUUCUGGAGACAACACCACCUCACAGGCACUGGCUAUCAGGUCACUAUAUGGAUGCGAGACGUACCAGGAGUGGCCAGGUCACCAUCCUGCCAGCCUCACAUCCAUGGACUUCGUCUCCGGCCUCUGCCCUCCGGCUACUGGCAGCAGCAUGCUUGAUUCCUCAAUGGCUUCCCAUGAUUCUUGGAUGAUGCCCUUUACACUUUCAUCCUCUGAGGAACAUUUCCUCUCGAUGGAGCAACUGGGCCUUACACACCAGCUGGACUCUGGGAUGGAUCCUGAACCUGUCCCAUUAGCCAUGGACAUUGCUGCCCUCACGGUUCCCAGCCAUACAGGAUCUACUGGCUUGUGUGGUAGUCACUCUCAGAGCUUAUGCCCAGAGGAGAGUCCAGGAGCAAGAAGUGGGCAGGCAGCUUCCACUGCAGGCUGUAAAAUUCAUCAUCCCCAUAGGUGCAAUGUCCUGGUGGCCAGGCCUCAUGGAAUGCUUUCUGGAGAGCCACGACACUCCUUGAGUUUUCUGAGGGCAGCAUGGGUCACAAGCCCAUGUGGAGAUCGGAUCAGCACAUGGAAUGAGCAAGUGUGGAUUGUGCACCUGUCCCACAUUGGUUUCAGAGACUCACCCCGAAUAAAAAUUGAUGCUCCAAGAAAUUCCCAAAGUGUUGGCUAG